CUCAAUCAAACACACUUGCAUUCACUGUCUCUCUCUCUCCCUCUCUCUUUUCUCAUCCUCAGAUCUCUCUUCUCAUUUGUUCAUUCAUUCCAGAUUCUGUUCCAUACCCAUUUAAUCUCAUCUUCUUUCCUUAACUGGGUCUCCAAAAAUGAAGGUAAUUGAUAAGAUUAAAGCAUCUGUUGGAGCUUCUUCACAUCCUCAUUCAAAUGGAGGAGCAAUUUCAGACUCAAACGAUAAGGUCGUUUUCUCCUUCGAAUUCUUUCCACCAAAGACAGAAGACGGAGUUGACAAUCUCUUUGACAGAAUGGACCGUAUGGUGUCACAUAAUCCUACUUUUUGUGACAUAACUUGGGGUGCUGGUGGUUCUACUGCAGAUCUGACUCUUGAUAUUGCUAACAAAAUGCAAAACAUGAUCUGUGUUGAAACUAUGAUGCAUCUUACUUGUACUAAUAUGCCUGUUGAAAAGAUUGAUCAUGCUCUUCAAACUAUUAAAUCUAACGGCAUUCAAAAUGUUCUUGCUCUUCGUGGUGAUCCUCCUCAUGGUCAAGAUAAGUUUGUACAGGUUGAAGGUGGAUUUGCUUGUGCUCUUGAUCUGGUGAAACAUAUCAGAUCUAAGUACGGUGACUAUUUUGGCAUUACUGUUGCUGGUUAUCCAGAGGCUCAUCCGGAUAUGAUUGAAAGUGAUGGUUUGGCUACACCAGAGAAUUAUCAGAGAGAUCUUGAGUAUUUGAAGAGAAAGGUUGAUGCUGGAGCUGAUCUAAUUAUCACACAGCUCUUCUAUGAUACUGACAUUUUCCUCAAAUUUGUGAAUGACUGCCGUCAAAUUGGAAUAAAUUGUCCUAUUGUUCCUGGAAUUAUGCCCAUUAAUAACUACAAGGGCUUCUUAAGAAUGACUGGCUUUUGCAAAACAAAGAUACCAGCUGAGGUUACUGCAGCAUUGGAGCCAAUCAAAGACAAUGAAGAAGCAGUUAGAGCAUAUGGAAUCCACCUUGGAACAGAAAUGUGCAAGAAGAUUAUGGCUCAUGGCAUUAAGACAUUACAUCUUUACACGCUAAACAUGGAGAAAUCGGCAUUGGCUAUUUUAAUGAAUCUUGGUUUGAUUGAGGAGUCCAAGAUUAGCAGGCCAUUACCAUGGAGACCCCCAACAAAUGUUUUCCGAGUAAAGGAAGGCGUCCGACCAAUAUUUUGGGCUAAUCGUCCCAAGAGCUACAUAUCGAGAACCUUGGGCUGGGAGCAGUACCCACAAGGCCGAUGGGGUGAUUCCUGUAAUCCAUCCUAUGGUGCAUUAUCUGACCAUCAGUUCAUGCGACCACGUGCACGUGACAAGAAACUUCAUGAUGAAUGGGUUGUUCCUUUGAGUAGUGCUGAAGACAUUUUUGAGAAAUUCAAAAAACACUGCCUUGGGAAGUUGAAAACUAGUCCUUGGUCAGAAUUGGAUGGUCUUCAACCAGAGACGAAGAUCAUUAAUGAACAGCUGGGCAAGAUCAACUUGAAGGGAUUCUUGACAAUCAAUAGUCAACCAGCAGUCAAUGGGGAAAAAUCUGAUUCCCCAUCUGUCGGUUGGGGAGGCCCUGGAGGAUAUGUUUAUCAGAAAGCUUAUAUAGAGUUUUUCUGUUCCACGGACAAGCUGCAAGCUCUCCUUGAAAAGUGCAAGGCUUUACCUCAAUUAACUUAUAUGGCUGUGAACAGAGGAGGAACCUUACUAUCUAAUGUUGGCCAAAAUGAUGUGAAUGCUGUAACUUGGGGAGUCUUCCCAGGAAAGCAGAUUAUCCAACCAACUGUUGUUGACCCUGCCAGCUUUAGUGUGUGGAAGGAUGAAGCAUUUGAAAUCUGGACUAGAGGAUGGGCUUCCUUGUACCCAGAGAGUGAUCCAUCCAGAAAAUUGCUUGAAGAGGUGCAGAGCAGCUACUUCUUGGUCAGCUUGGUAGAUAACGAUUACAUCCAAGGUGAUAUUUUUGCAGUUUUUGCAGAUCUAUGAGAGGCUUGCUAAAAGUUCAUUCAAGCCAGUUGAAAUGAUGCUUCUACCCGAAAUUAAAUUAUAGCUAUGUUCUUGUUCAAUGUGCGUUUCUGAAUUCUUAAUUACAUGUAAUAACAGUUCAUUGGGAUUUUGAUAACUCCCUUUGGGUUAUGAUCCAAGUGGGACUGGAGUGGCAGCUAAGUUACUGGAUAAAACAGAAUGUAUUGUUGCUAUUCUUUAUUGAGUUGCCACAUUAUAUUCUUUUUAUA